AUGCAGCUUCCUCACUACAUCAUGCAGCUUCCUCUCUUCAACAAAGUGAUUCCUCUCUUCUUCAAAGUGCUUCCUCUCUUCAACAAAGUGCUUCCUCUCUUCAUCAUGCAGCUUCCUCUCUUCAUCAAGAUGCUUCCUCUCUUCUUCAAAGUGCUUCCUCUCUUGAUCAAGGUGCUUCCUCACUACAUCAAGAUGCUUCCUCUCUUCUUCAAAGUGCUUCCUCUCUUCAACAAAGUGCUUCCUCUCUUCAUCAUGCAGCUUCCUCUCUUCUUCAAA